AGAGAAAUUCCUACUUUUAUCUUGUACGCACAAUUACAAAAAGCUUGAGUAUCUCACUAUCUUGUAUAACUCGUGCGCGCUCUUCCUCUCAUAGAUCUCGAUCUCGGCAUUAAUUGCUCUCUCUAAAUCUCUGCUUGCAGUUCAAUACAGCUGUGAGUUUGUAGAAGGGAGAGGAAAUGGGGUACAUAGGAGCUCAUGGAGUGGCGGCGCUGCAUAGGUACAAGUACAGUGGAGAAGAUCACUCUUAUGUAGCAAAGUAUAUCCUGCAGCCCUUCUGGAGACGAUGUGUUAACUUCUUCCCUCUUUGGAUGCCACCCAAUAUGAUUACACUCACUGGGUUCAUGUUUUUGGUCACUUCUGCAUUACUCGGAUAUAUAUAUUCUCCCCAAUUAGACUCUCCUCCUCCAAGAUGGGUAAAUUUUGCACAUGGGUUGCUUCUCUUCCUCUAUCAGACAUUUGACGCUGUUGAUGGAAAACAAGCCAGACGAACAAAUUCAUCCAGUCCGUUAGGGGAGCUUUUUGAUCAUGGAUGUGAUGCACUUGCUUGUACGUUUGAAUCCAUAGCCUUUGGGAGCACUUCUAUGUGUGGAGGAGAUGCUUUCUGGUUUUGGGUUAUAUCAGCUGUUCCUUUCUACUGUGCAACUUGGGAAAACUACUUUACCAACACUCUUAUCCUUCCUGUAAUAAAUGGACCUACAGAGGGUCUCAUGUUGAUAUAUUUCAGUCACUUCUUCACAGCUUUAGUUGGUGCUGAGUGGUGGGCUCAACAGUUUGGGAAGUCUAUGCCAUUCUUAAGUUGGGUUCCAAUUAUAAAUGAAAUCGCAACAUCUAAAGCAGUGUUGUUUCUAAUGAUAGCCUUUGGAGUCAUACCAACCGUCUCAUUCAACGUGCACAAUGUGUACAAGGUUGUUCAGGCAAGAAGAGGAAGUAUGCUGCUUGCACUGGCCAUGCUAUACCCAUUUACGGUGCUGUUGGGAGGAGUCCUUGUCUGGGAUUAUAUUUCUCCUAAUGAUUUAAUGGGAAAUUAUCCUCAUUUGGUUAUUGUGGGGACUGGGCUGGCAUUUGGUUUCCUUGUGGGAAGGUUGAUUCUAUCUCACUUGUGUGAUGAACCAAAGGGCUUGAAAACAAGCAUGUGCAUGUCACUGCUGUAUCUGCCUUUUGCCAUUGCGAAUACACUCACUGCCAGAAUUAAUGGCGGCAUUCCAUUAGUUGAUGAAUUCUGGGUCCUCCUUGGAUAUUGUGUGUACUCAGUGUCGUUGUAUAUGCAUUUUGCAACAUCCGUCAUUCAUGAAAUAACAACAGCACUGGGAAUCUACUGCUUCAGGAUAACGAGGAAAGAAGCAUAGCCGUGUCUAUUGUGGAUACAAUUCGCGAUUUGAAGCCUUUCGGCUACCAUUGAUUUGGCGUGGCAUUGUUGACAUUAUUCAGUAGGUAAUGAGGCUUAGUUAUAUUGAUAAUGUAAUUCUUGUUUAGAAUUUUCUAACUAUUGUGCCAUUCAAAACAAUGCCAUUUGAAGAUGUCCAUUGAAAUGCUGUAUUAUAAAUAUUAUUUUAGUUUUGAUUGGUGAAGAUCUUUUGGUUUAUUUUUAUCAA